AUGGCGGGCCGCGAGCUGCUACAGGUCCUGUUACCGGGCAAUGCUGCCAUUCUCUCCGCUUCCGUACCUUCCUCAGCCGCGACCACCGUGCAGGACCUCAUCGUCGCACUUCUAACAGAUUUGACUAACGCUAGACAUCUUACAGCGGCUUUUGGAUCAUAUUUUCGGCUCUGGUCUUCCGCGGCCUCGAACGAUUUCGAGAGCUCGGAAAAGUGGCUCAUAGACCACCAGGGGCAACUAUGGGGUAUCCAAGCCGUCCAAGUGUCAGAGCCAAACCGCGAAUGGACGGAGGAACAACUAAGGACUAUUGAUGAUGGCUUAGUCCCCUUACAAAGUGGUGUAUUUGCCUUUCUACGAAAUCUCGCCAACGGUGCCAAGCACGCAGACCAAGAAGACCAAGACAAUCCGGUCGCUGAUUUGUCAUCUUCAACGGCCUUCUCCGACUUCCUGCUCUCCUCCCACCUCCAUACACCACGUCUUCGGCUCGUGUGCGGAGCGCCCGGGCUCAAAGUGCGCCUUCGCUUCGGUCAUGUUCCCGAAAUCUACGAUGGUUGGGACCAGAGGACUUGGUUCCUGCCAGCCGAUGCCACAAUUCCAGGAGCAAGCGGUCAUGGCUCGUCUGUAGCGGAGGUGGUGGAGGCCGUUUGCGAAGAGCUCGGCAUUCGUAGGGUAGUACUCCAAGGUAGCAAGUCGGCUCGUGUCGUCUACGCUCUGGCGCCGCUUCCUUCCACUCCUGCUUCGGCACCGGCUCCCGUGCCCCCUCCUGCUCCGCUCCCAGAGUCCAGCCCCUUGCCUCAGCUGCUGCGCAAUCUGGACUCGCCGGAUCCAGUGCUAAUGUUCACCAUCAGUGCCAGCUGGCUGUCCAAGCUCGGUACCGUGGCUCAAGGAUUCUCCAAGCAUGCUCGUCGUCAAGGCUCAAGCGGAACCACACCAGCUCCAGGUAUGGGCUCCGAUUCCAGUCAACCAGCAUUGUCUACAUCUCCGACGAAGCAGUCCGGCGCCAAAUCCGGCAUGCUUGGCUUGUGGGGAUCGGCGAGUGUCAGCAAAGCCACUGCUGCUCUGCUCCCAGCUGCCUUCUCUCCCGCGCCAAAGAACUCAGCGAAGGCAUCACGCACCACAGGCGACGCAGAUCUUGACGCUCUCUCUAUGGAGCUUUCCUCCACCCACUUCUCAGGUGAGGAUAACGAGAAAGAAGCAGAGGGCACACUCAAGGGCAGCAAACCGGCAACACCCUCUCGACCGGACGUCUCCCUGCCUGGAAACGGCCAGGGACAGGAAGAUCUGGGUAUCGGUUCGCCAAAGGGUAAAGAAUCGACCAUCAACCUUCCGAAGGGGCGCCGUCAUCAGACCCCUUCGGCCACAGCACGACUCAGCAGGAUGUUUGAAGGCUGGAUUGGUGGAAAUGGCGAGCCCUCGUCCCCCACAACCCAAGGCGUGGGUAACGGCAUCGCAGACAUGCCGGAAACACCGACGAACCAGAAUGUCCGCCGGAUACCAGGCACCGUGGGAAGAAGCGGCAAGACCUUCAGCGUCAGCGGACCUCUGGAACUGGAAACUGACGGCAGCAUCGUUUCUCGAUCGCCUUCCCUGGGAUCUCUACACCAACUUUCUCCGGCACCAGACGACCUCGAUAGUCCACAAGAUCUUGCAAACCGGUUUGAAAAGCUGAUGCAGGAUCUCGGCAUCAAGGGCACGAGCCGCUCGGCCAUGCUGGCUCUGCCAGACGAUCGCAAGCGUUUCCUGAUCAGCCAGAAUGAGGCCGCCAGAACAUCGACGCCCUCCAAGCCACGCAGUUCCAUGUCUCAACAAGUCGACAAGCCUGUGUCACCGACGCUCAGCAACAAUUCAGAGACGAUGGGUCGCAGUUCGGUCCUCCCUUCUGGCUGGUCAAACCGUUUCAGUAUCUCCAGCAUCGCUACGUGGGCAACACACGAGACACAGGGCUUCGGUCCUGGAACUGCAAAGGAUGUCGAUGGCGGAGCUAGUCCUCGAGCGAGUCUCUCUGGCGAUGUGUCGAGCCAAGGCAGCAGCAGCACACGCCCUACUACUGUGUUGUCUGAGACUGGGUCGCUCGGAUCGAUGGAUUCAAAGGUGCACCACAACGGCGAACACACCAACACCAUCAGGGCCAAUCACACCGGAAGCAGUACUGGCAUCACCGCAAGCUUAUGGAGCAGCUGGUGGGGUGGAGGCAGUACCCUUUCGGCAACCGGUGGCUCCAACGAAGCAGGCGUUGGCAAUGAACAGAACGCAGCUUUGGGCCACAUCUCCAAAUUGAAGGACGGCAAGCGGAGCCGCAAAGAUCUCUUCAAGCAUCUGCUCUCGUUACGUGUCACACUCAGCAGUGCCAAGCUCUCAUGGAUCGACAGCUUCCUUCAAUGCGAUGGCCUUGGAGCGCUAGAGCAGAUUAUGCAGAUAGAAGCAGAUGGCAUCGUCAACAGCCUCAACAGCAACAAGCAAGGUAAGCAGGCCGAACGCAAAGAGAUGUCCGAUGCAAUUCUACUCGAAGCGGUCAAGUGCUUGCGCACACUGAUGAACAUCGAGCUUGGCUUCGAAAAGGUGCUAGAACAACCCAACUUGGUCAAUUGUAUUGCUUUCGCUCUCCGUUCAUCCUCUUACAAGCUGCGCCUCCAAGUCGCCGACGUCCUAGCGGCGUUGUGCGUGCUGUCGCUUGAAGAUGGACACCGGAUGGUGUGUGGAGCGCUGUCGGAGCUCAAGGUCGUGACUGGCGAGCGUUUCCGCUUUGCCUUCCUCGUCGAUGAUCUGAAGCCAAACGCUUCAAGCGAAUCGCUCAGUGAAGCGUGGGACACUUCGGUCGAUGUUGACGACGCUGAUGCAAACGAGGCUAUCGAGUGGGAGUACAAGGCAGCAGCUAUGGUGCUCGUCAACGCAAUCACAAACAGUCCUGAGGAUCUCGAGGAAAGAGUUUCGCUCCGCGACGAGCUCGCUCGUCGUGGUCUCAACGAAGUGCUUGUGUCUCUGCGAUACAUCGACCCACCCGAAAGCCUUGCAACUCAGAUCCAGGUCUACGUCGAGGAGAAGCAGGAGGAUCAGGAUGAACUGCAUGAUCGAGCGCUGCACCUGUCAGAUCGCAACCGCGAGCGCAGCCACGAUGGCAUGUCGGACCUGGGCGAAGCAGGCGAAAUCCUUCGUAGGUCACAGGACGCCCACGAGGACCUAUACCCGAUCAUGAUCUCAAUUUUGCGCCAUACCUCCAGUAUUCUCGAUCGCGACAUCGACCACCAGUUCAAGACGGAUCUGUUGUUCGUCGUGGAAAAGUACUUAGAGCAGUCGGUCCAUGUUGCUGACUUCGAUGAGGGUUGGCGAAGCUUCAUGCGAUCCUACCUUGCCAACAUCCAGCACCUCGUCGGCAAGCAGGCCAUGAUCAAGGCCAACAGGAUGAGCGACACAAGUACAGUCCCAAGCAGCUUCAUUGAAGAGCUCGAAGGUCUACGUGCCAAGGUCGAGGAGCUCAGCGACGACAAGGCCAAACUCAGGACCAAGCUAAAUGAGCAAACAGCCGAGGUCAUCACGCUACGAAGUCUGCCCGGUGCAGCGGCGCUACGCAAGGACUCUGGUGACUCUGACAGCGCUCCUGCGGGCGCACCUUCGACGCUUCCCAAACGUGGCGACAAAGAAAGCUUUGCAGGUGUCAUCCAACGCUUGGUGGCCAAAGAGAAGCAGGUCAUUGAGCUUCAAGCAGAGUUGGAUCGCCUUUCCUCCGCUGCUCGUUCCAACGAGCGCACCGCAGGCGAUGAUGGCGCCAAAAAGGAUCGCCUCGAGCGGAAUCGACAGUGGACCAAUCUUAUGGACGAGAUCGCACGUCACAAGGAGCAGCUCGCCGGCGCCGAAGCCAAUGUCGAAGCCAAGGAGCGCGAGAUCAAGUACUUGAAGCGUGCACUCGAAGCCGUGUACGGCCGUUUCCAGAACGGCAUCGCUCAGGCACAAGAAGAGGCAGAGGCGAAGGACAAGGAGCAAGAAGCCAGAACAGGCCCGUCGUCUGCCGCAAACUCUGAGAUGGAGGCAGACAUGAUGGCACGCCGCACUAUCGAAGCGCUUAGCAGGAAAGACGCCGAAAUCUCCGAGCUUCGCGCCGACAUGGCAAAGUUGCAGGAGAAAGCACUCAAGUCGAUGGAAGUGACCGAGUCGACAGAGCAAAUGGCAGCACUGCAGAGCCAGCUCGAUGAGAAGGACAAGCAAAUCGCAAAACUCAGGAGCGAGAUGUCAAAGCUACAAGCAUUGUUGUUACAGCUGCAGUUGCAGCCAGUCGGAUCAAGUGCGGCUGGAGCAUCGGGUGCUGCACCGGUUCAUAGACAAGCGCCCCGUCCGCCUGGUGCACCUGCUCUGCCAGGUGGUGCAGGUCCGGUCGUCAGGGCCGCACCGACGCUUCCUUCGCAGGUCGCCACCGCGAAUGCAGGAACGACAGCAUCUGCAGCCAGUCCUGGUCCACAGGCCAACUCCAGUGCUGCUGGACCACCACCACCACCGCCUCCGCCGCCACCGCCUGCUGCAAGUACGCCGCCCGCUACCGGCUUCGGUAUGACACCACCGCCUCCAGGACCAUCCUCGAGUGCGUCAGGAGGGCUGCCGCCUCCGCCGCCGCCGCCUCCUCCAGCCCGACCAUCAGGUGCUGCAGGUGGAGCGCCCCCUCCCCCACCACCUCCUCCCGGCGGAAUGGUGCCACCGGCUCCUCCAGGUGCACCUGGCACACCGGCAGUGUCUGGUAUACCCAAGCCGCCCUCGCUGCCGCUGAUCCCGAAGAAGAAGCGAAAGGCUCUCUUCUGGAAUAAGCUUCCAGCUCAUUCUCUUGCGCGAACCGUGUGGAGCGAUCUGCCUGCGACGUCUGUCGAUGUUACAGGCGAGAUCGAUCGCCUUGACGAGCUCUUCGCAGUUGGCGUAAAGCCCAUAGCACCUGUCCUUGAAGCUAAGCAAAACGACCGUAAAGCAAACCCCACAACGCUGCUCGAUCUCACGCGCGCCCAAAACGUCUCGAUCGUACUUACCCGCAUCAAAGUUUCCUUUCCAGAGCUCCGCACAGCGAUUCUUCAGUGCGAUGAGGACAAAUUGACCAUUGACCAUCUCAAGAGUGUCAAGAAUUGUCUGCCGACCACCGAAGAGCUCGAACUCGUCCGUGACUAUGAUGGCGAUGUCGGCGCGCUCAGCAAAGCUGACCAAUUCUUCAAGGAAAUGCUUGGUAUUCCGAGAUUGGCGGAGCGUUUGGCAUGCAUGGUGUACAUGCGCAAGUUCGAGCUGGAUCUGGAGGAGCUCAAGCCGGAUCUCAGAAUCUUGAAACAUGCAGUGGACGAGAUCAACGGCAGUGCAAAGUUCAAAGCGGUGUUGCAUACUGUGUUGACGAUUGGCAAUGUGUUGAACUCGUCGACGUUCCGAGGUGAGGCGGCAGGCUUCCAGUUGGGAGAUUUGCUAAAGCUAAAGGAUACGAAGCCUUCGAAUCCGAGCCCGGCUACGCCUAGCUUGCUGCACUACUUGGUGAGGGUACUCAAUAAGACGGACAAGACACUCGUCGGGUUCCUGGAUGACUGUUCGUACGUGGAAGCUGCUGCGCGAUUGUCUACUCAAUCGAUCAUGCAGUCCAUCACCGCGCUCAUCACGGGAUAUGAAGCAGUGCAGCAAGAAAUGGCGACUCUCCAACGGAUCGGUAUCUCCUCCCAGAGCGACCGUUUCGUCGACGUCACCGCCACCUUCCUUCGCCAAUCUGGUCCACAGAUCAAAGCGCUGCAGCUUGCGGGGACUACCGUGCAGACUAGCCUCACCAAGCUUGUGAGCUACUUUGGAGAAGAUCCUACACAGACCAAACCGGAGGACUUCUUUGGCCUUGUCAGCAGCUUCGGCCAGGCCUUGAUGCGCGCCGAGGAAGACACCCUGCAGGCUGACAGGAAGGCAGAGCUCGAAGAGCAGAAGAAGAAGGAUCUGGGCAGGAAGGUGUUCGGCGGUAUACGUAUUCCUCAGUUCGGGCCCGAGGUGCGCGGUCCUCUUGCCGGUUCUGCUGCGACUGCCGUCUCAAUACCUUCAGCGGGGAGUGAACUAGGCGGUACAGGAAAAACCGAACAUUCGAGCGCGGAAGAGCAGCUCGAGGCAACGGAUCAACUCACACCGGUCAGCGAACUCGCCACUCCCACUGCAUCGCGUUUCCGCAGCCGUGCAGAGUCUACCUCGCCCGUGGACAGUGGAACUCUCAAAGCGGAGAAGUCACCCGCAUCUGCCGCCCACGCCGAUGCUGGGCGCAGAUCCUACCGUGGACGAGGUCAGCUGGAUGAAGCGAUCAAAGAGCUUCGUGCCGGCGCGGCUGGUCGCAAACUCGCCAACGUCUUUGCAAGGGCUAACGGCGGAGAGAGCAACCAUGCUUCUCCUUCUCCUAGCAAGUCUCGCCUCUUUGCCCGUCCGCAAUUCGAUGCGAGCGAAGAGGAGAACGAAGAUUCGUUUGCAGAGGAGCAGGUGCUACCGGAAGGAGGAACUAUUGGACGCAACGCGCGAUUCUCUGCUUCACCUUCGACCCUUCGUAACUGCGAUUCCAUCUAUGGAACGCUUUCGGGCAACCCGAAUGAAACAUUGAGCGGUAGGAAGUCGUUGAGGGUGAAGCAGAACACGACGAGGAGGCCGCUGUCGAGAGUCUUCAUCACGGGUGAUCCGGUCAAUCGCGACGACUAA